UUUUUCGCCCACAAGUUGUUUUGUUUUUCCCCGAGUUAUUGGAAAAACACAAAGAUUAUGUUAACAAAUAUUAAAAUUUACUUGUCAAUGUAAUUAUUAUUAUUAAUUGUAAUAACUCAUAAUAUUACAUUGUCAAGUAUAAUGUAAAAACAUAAAAAUGGUAUUUCUCGUUGAAGAAAGUACAUUGUUAAAAUUAUCACCAGAUUUAAUAAAAACAAUAAAAUUUUUAAAUGGAAAAAAUCCAACUCAUAAUGAUUAUCUGAUUGCGUUAUCAAUAGUUGUAUUGAAAGAAGUUGAAUUAUAUGUUAGGGAUUUUAAAGAUAGAGGGGACUAUUUACCAUCAGAAUUAGAUCCAAGACAAUGGAAAAUAAACGGAGCAUACAAAAUUCCAUUAGAGCAUCGUUGUUUACGUGAAUUAAAUUGUAAAUUAGAUGCUAUUCCUGUUGGGGAUGUUAUGAUAAUGAAUUUAACAUCAACAAUUAAUAAUAAUAUUAAAACAAGAUGUACUUCGUUUGAAACAUUAGAAUUUGUAAAUUUACAUUCUAGUGACAUCAAUAGUCAAUUUAUGAAUUUAAAAAAUUUCUCACAUAGAUUUAAAAAUAAUCUAACAACUCCAUUAAAAUGUGACGUACUAAACAGCCUGGGAAUAAUUAACCCCAGUCUUGUUGGCUUACCUGAAGAGUUGAUAUUAAAAAUAUUUCGUAUGCUUAAUGAAAAAGAUAGUGUGAGUUUGCACAUGACUUGUCGAAAGUUGGAAGAUUUAUUUAGAAGUUUAUAUAAAAAUAAAAUAAUUGAAUAUAUUAUUAUUAAAGCUCGCUCAUCAUAGUUAUAAAUUAUUAUUAUAA